AUGGCAGCCCCUGGUCCAGACAAGUUUACUAUACUCGAUAUCAGCGGAAAGUUCUAUCUGAACAAGACGCUGAGUGAUUCCACUGACGAGAUUCUGCGCCUCCAAGGCGUAAGCUGGUUGAAGCGAAAGGCCAUCUCCAUCGGAACAGUCACUCUGUACAUCAAACACUACAAGGAUGACGAAGGGAUUGAGAAAGUCGAUAUUGACCAGACCGUUGCCGGUAUCUCUGGGACCUCCGAGAAGAGGACGCUUACUUGGACAGAGAGGGAGAAUAAUGAUGACAUCUUUGGGCCAGUCAUUGGGAAAUCGAGAAGGGUAAAGGUUGACAAGCUAGAGGAAGAAUGGCUGAAGACCGGGUGGACUGAGGACACUGUCGAACACGGUGUGAUCCAGGCGUACGCUGAGAGCGACACCCCCAAGAGUGGAACUACCUGGAUUGCGAACCAGACUUGGGGCGUCGAAGAGGUCAAUGAUGAACGAAGGUAUGCGCGCCACAUCAAGUUCACUGGGCCUGGGGGCGAAGACAUUCAAGCUCGGCUUGUCUAUGAUUAUGCGGGACCGGUCUGA